AAUUAUUAUGUUCAUUAUGCUAAAAGAAAUCAAUGAAUUAUCUUAUAUCCUUAGGCAAUAAGGUACAAUAAUUGUAUAGAAUGAAUAAUAUUUACUUUUUUCUUGUAUGCAUUUCUUGGUUUCUUUUCGUAUUCUUUGCAACAGCAACAACCAAUUAUACUCGCAUCAGUAACAUCACAACUACUCAGUUUCUUAGAGACCCAGAAUCAUUAGCUUCUAGUAAUGCCAAUUUUAUGGUUGGUUUUUUUAGUCCAACUAAUUCGACAAAUCGAUAUGUUGGGAUCUGGUAUAGUAACAAGCAGGAUUCAGAGUCUGGUAUAUCAGAAGUUGUAUGGAUAGCUAACAGAGAUAAUCCUCUGAUUAACUCUUCUGAUGGGGUGUUCAGAAUUUCCGAGGAUGGAAAUCUUCAAGUAUUGGAUGGACAAAAUAAGAGCAUUUGGUCUACAAAUAUAUCUCAAGAUCAUCAGCCAAAUAAUUCAGUAGCUCAGCUUUUAGAUACAGGAAAUCUUGUUCUGAUUUCGAAUGUUAGUGGUGAGACCAUCUGGGAGAGCUUUGAAAAUUUAACGGACUCGUUGUUGCCUCCAGUGACGGUCACCAUUGAUAUGGAAACAAAUGAUAGCUCAUUGCUUCGAUCAUGGAAGAGUGCUUCGGAUCCUUCAAGUGGACGCUUCAGUUUUGUAAGUCUUCCUCGAAACCUUCCUGAAUUUUUCAUUAUGGAUGGUGAUAGACCUUAUUGGAGAUCCGGCCCUUGGAAUGGUAAUCUCUUUCUUGGAAUCCCUUAUAUGCAGUCAGUAGUUUCCAAUGGAUUUCAAAUUAAUAAUAAAAUUCAAGGCAAACUCGAGGUGUCAUAUUCAGUGGCGAAUCUAUCAUUGUUAGAACGAUUGGUGUUAAAUCAUGAUGGCCGGUUGUUUCAAGAGGAUUGGAAUGAUAGUAGUGGGAAGUGGGAGGUUUAUUGGAAUUCUUUAGAGUCUGAGUGUGAUGUUUACGGAAAGUGUGGUGUGUAUGGAAGUUGUGACCCCAAGAAGUCACCAAUUUGUAGUUGCUUGAAAGGUUUCGAGCCAAAUAACAAGGAUGAAUGGAACAAAGGAAAUUGGACUAGUGGGUGUUUUCGAAGGACACCACUGCAAUGUGGCAUAACAGAUGGAAAAUCAGACAAGUUUUUAAAGCUGAAGAACAUGAAAGUGCCAGAUUAUGCUUACUGGUCUUCGGGUGGUCAAGAUGGUUGUAAAAGGAAGUGCUUAAAGAAUUGUUCAUAUUUCGCUUUUGCAUAUUAUACAGGAAUUGGAUGCAUGAUGUGGAAUACAAGCCUUGUUGAUAUACAACAAUAUUCUGCUGAAGGUGCUGAUCUUUUCAUUCGCUUGGCUCAAUCAGAAUUAGAUCCACAUCUUCGGAAAGAUUUGGACUGGAAGAAGCGCUUCAUCAUUGUUGAAGGGAUAUGUCGAGGCCUACUUUAUUUGCAUAGUGAUUCUAGGUUGAAGAUUAUUCAUCGAGAUCUCAAGGCAAGCAACAUUUUGCUCGAUGAAGAGCUUAAUCCAAAGAUAUCAGACUUUGGAAUGGCUAGAAUAUUUGGGAGCAAACAAGAUCAAGCCAAUACUUUAAGGGUUGUUGGUACCUAUGGGUACAUGUCUCCGGAGUAUGCCAUGGAAGGUCGAUUUUCUGAAAAAUCGGAUGUAUUUGGUCUAGGAGUGCUACUGUUAGAGAUUGUCAGUGGCAGAAAGAACAAUAGCUUUUCCAAUUAUGAAUCCUUGAGCCUAUUAUCUUACGCAUGGAAAUUGUGGAAUGAAAAUGAUAUCGUUACAUUAAUUGAUCCAGCAUUAGACUUUGAUCAAAGUUUUCGAGUUCAGAUAUUGAAAUGUAUACAACUGGGGCUAUUAUGUGUGCAAGAAUAUCCUGAAGAUAGGCCAACCAUUUCGGCUUUAAUUUCCAUGCUUGAUGUUGAAGAUGUUGCUGACCUUCCACGACCAAAGAAACCUGGUUUUACUCGAAAGAAAAUUUAUAGCACUGAUGAUGAACUAGUCCCUCAAUAUGGUGAAGAACACGUUUCUAUAAACCUUGUUUCCGAUCUGACUGUAUUAAGUGGCCGGUAGUUUUUGCAUAUACUGAGGAGAUAUCUAUAUCUGGUUUUGGUGAAUAAUAUGGAUUAGAGAUCCAUAAUAUAUAGAAAAACUACAAAUAAGAGUUUGUGAUGAAUAGAAGUUCGUAAGCCAAAAUGUCAUAACAAAUUCUUAGUAUUAUAUAGUUACAAUUUUCGUACAAAAUA